AUGAUCUCCUCAUCUUAUCUUGCUGCUGCACUCCUGCUGGCCACGGCGUCUGCACAAUCUUGUGGACCCUCACCAUCGGGUAAAGUCAGACCCUCUAUCGCUUCUGGAUACAAAUGGCAGGCAGUGGCAACUGGAUUGGCUCGACCUCGUGGCAUCGCCUUUGAUGACCAGGGCAGAUUGCUUGUCAUCGAGUCUGGGUCAGGCAGUCUGUCAGCGCACACAUUGUCCGAGGACGAUGGUGGCUGCGUGACUGUUGAAUCGUCGACUAAUGUGACGGAGGAUAUGGGACUCAAUCAUGGUAUCGCUUUCGACAACGAGAAUCGCAUGCUUUACGCUUCUAAUACCAAUGAGACCUAUGGGUGGCAAUACGAUUCAUCGGCAAUCUCUGUGUCAAACCAGCAGACAUUGGUCAGCAACAUGUCAGGAACUGAUCAUAGCACACGUACUCUUCUACUUCCACAAAAUGCCCCGGGAAUGAUGGUUAUCAGUUUCGGUAGCUUGAGCAACCUCGAUCUCUCUGCUACAAAUGUAGAUUCUGGCACUGCAUCAGUCAAGGCCUUCAACUUGACAAAUCGUACCAGUACAUACACCUACCAGGAUGAUGGUCUGCUACUUGGAUGGGGCUUGCGCAACGAAGUUGGCCUCGCAGAGCACCCGGGAACUGGUGGCAUCUGGGGUGUCGAGAACUCUGCAGACCAGAUGACCAGAGAUGGUGUCGAUGUACACGCCACCAACCCUGGUGAGGAGCUCAACUUCCUAGGUUAUGUCAAUGGCACCGAGUCCGGACAAGAAGGCUCGAACUUUGGAUACCCUUGGUGCUUUUCAGCUUGGAACCCUUCAAUCCUGCCGAAUAACGGACAGAUCGAGGUCGGCACGCAAUUUGCCAUUGAUGCAACGCCAGAUCUGGACAACCAAAACAAGACCGACGCGUUUUGUGCUGACCAGACUCAAAGCCGACUGGUAUUCACCUCACACAUGGCGCCCUUGGACAUCAAGUUCAACGAUACAGGCAGACAAGCAUGGAUCACUUUCCAUGGCAGCUGGAACAGUCCUAACCCUGUCGGCUACAAAUUGUCGCUAGUCAAUUUCACAGAUGCUGGCGAGCCGGUCGAUGAGCUUACGAGCAAGACAGCAGCCACGGACAUCUUCGGAAACGCGAACAAUUCGGUUUGUCCUAACGACUGUUUCCGUCCUGUUGCAAUGGCGCUCGACAAUCGAGGCAGAAUCUUUAUUUCAUCUGACGCAUCAGGUGAGAUCUAUCUUGUUACGCGGGACGAAACCUCCAAGGGGUCUGGAGGUAGUUCGACUGGUUCGGCUGGUUCCUCUUCAUCAUCCUCAUCCAUUGCGCCCAGCUCGACAACUUCCAACUCCUCAGCUGGUGCUGAAUAA